AUGCCCCUCCCCUCCCCCAACCGCCCCAGGGCUGCCCGGCUCGGCCCCACCCUCGCCCUCCUCCGGUCCCCCCCGGCUGUCCUCAGCGCGCCCGCUGGCCUCCAAAAUCGAAGCGGAGCGGGCGGCGAGCGGCUGGAGCCCGGGCUCUCUCUGCCCGCCGCGAGCUCAGAGCACGCCAGCCCGAGCCGCCGCCGCCUGCUAGCCCGCCUGGCUUGCCCGGCCGGCCGGCCGCAGCCACAGCUCGCCCUGCUCCGCCGAGCCAGGCAGGGGGGGGCAUCCCCCCCUCGCCUCCCGCCUCCCGCGGCGCUCUGCGGCUCCGCAGCCACCGGGCCGAGAUUGGGGGGCGGGGGGAGGGGGGCGGGGGCGCCGCGGGGGCCGCCGCGAGCCGAGGCCGGCGGCGAGGGAGCUCCCCGGGCGCAGGGAGUGCGCGGCGGGCAUGAGAGGCUGCGGCCGCCGCCUGCGUCUCCGGAGCCCGUCCCCGACCUGCGGCCGGCCGAGCAGUUAGAGGGAGGAAGGGAGCCGAUCGCUGGAGAGAUGUCCAGGAGAAAACAGAGCAACCCCCGGCAGAUCAAACGUUCUCUUGGUGACAUGGAGGAAGGAGAAGACAAUCAGGCCGAGGAUGCCAGCCAAUCAGAGAGAGAGGGAGGAGCUUCAGAUCCUGAGGCCUCUGGAGAGUGUGACCCCGGGAGCCCUCCUUGCAGUGAAGGAGACGUUCAGGAAAGCCCAGAGGGCCCCAAGGAGCCGGAGGAGCAGGAGCCUGACCGCGGCCCAGGAGAGGCGAGCCCGUGGAAUGGGCCAGAUGAGCUGGAAUUGAUCUCGCAGGAUGGCGAAAGCAAAGUUCGUGCCAAGCGGAAGCUCCCUGAGGGGAUUUCCUGGGGUCCAUUCAGUGGAAACAUUCAGAGUGAAGGCUCCUCCCCAGGGCACGCAGACACGAGCCCGCCCCUGACCCUGCUGGUGGGAGAGGAGCACCGCUGGCUGACGAAGCUCCCCCGGGCCUCCAGCGAGCCAGAUGCCAACGCGGUGAUCUUCAGGAAGGGCGAGGCCAUUUGGUGCAAGACGACCAAGCCCGUGCCCGAGGGCGGACUGAUGACCGCGGUCCUCAUGGCGGAGCCCCGGGGCAUCGCCAGCAACCCCGUGAAGGCCGAGCCCGGGGACCCCGAGUACCCGGCCACCCUGCCCUCCGACAUCCAGCUCCUGCCUCAGCAGGCGGGGAUGGCGGCCAUCCUGGCCACCGCCGUCGUCAACAAGGACAUCUUCCCCUGCAAAGACUGUGGCAUCUGGUACCGGAGCGAGCGGAACCUGCAGGCUCACCUCAUGUACUACUGCGCCAGCCGCCAGAGCUCGGGGUCCCCCCUGGUGGAGGAGAAGCCCAAGGAGACGUACCCCAAUGAGCGGGUCUGUCCCUUCCCCCAGUGUAAGAAGAGCUGCCCCAGCGCCAGCUCCCUGGAGAUCCACAUGCGGAGCCACAGCGGGGAAAGGCCCUUCGUCUGCCUGAUCUGCCUGUCGGCCUUCACCACCAAAGCCAACUGUGAGCGGCACCUGAAGGUCCACACAGACACCCUGAGCGGGGUCUGCCACAGCUGUGGCUUCGUCUCCACCACGAGGGACAUCCUCUACAGCCAUCUGGUGACCAACCACAUGAUCUGCCAGCCGGGCUCCAAAGGGGAAAUCUACUCCCCGAGCGCGGGACACCUGGCCACCAAGCCAGGCCCCCCAGGUUUGGUUCAGGCGGGCGCCUCCCCCGGCCUCAAGUGUGGCCUCUGUGGGCUCCUCGCCGACAGCCUGGCGGGCCUCCAGCAGCACAUGGCCCUGCACGGCCCCCUGCCCGCCCCAGACCAGGCGGCCCCGGGCCCCGACUCGCCCCCCGCUCCCGACGCUCCGGCCAAGAGGGCCCCGGCCGAGGCAGAGAACGGGGAGGCGCAGGCCACCCCCCCGGAGAGCUGCUCCUCCUCUUCCUCGUCCUCCGGCGAGGGGCCGGCGCCGCCGCUCCUGAAGAUCAAAGAGGAGACCGGGGAGGGCCAGGGGCCGGAGCCCGAGGGGGCCAAGGGCCAGGGCCGGGCCGAGCCGGGCGGCAGCCCCAGGUCGGAGCCCGAGUCCUCCUCGCGGGCCUCCUCCCCCCAGAGCCUGGCGUCCGUGAAGGUCAAGUCCGAGCUGGCCAGCCCCACGCCGGGCUCCAGCCCGGGGCCCAGCGAGGCGGGCGGCGGCCCCUCCGGGGGCACCAUCUUCCUGCCCCAGUACGUGUUCGGGCCCGAGCCCUCCGCCGUCCCCCAGGCCUCGGAGAUCCUGGCCAAGAUGUCCGAGCUGGUGCACAGCCGGCUCAAGCAGGGCCACGGAGGCGUGGCCCCCGCCCUGUACCCGGGGACCCCCGCGCCCAAGGGCGCCACCUGCUUCGAGUGCGAGAUCACCUUCAACAACAUCAACAACUACUACGUCCACAAGCGUCUCUACUGCUCCAGCCGCCACGUGGCCGAGGACAGCCCCCCCGGGGCGCGCAAGCCCAAGGUGGCCGCCCCCCCCAAGGGCCCCCUGGGCGCCGUGGUCGCCCCCGCCAGGGCCAUCCUGUCCCCGCAGCCCCCCGAGGGCCCCCCCGCGCCCGCCGAGGGCGAAGCGGAGGGCGAGCACCCGUGCCCGGCGGCGGAGGCCAGGGCCGAGGAGGCGGGCGGGGGGAAGGAGGCCUCCCCGGAGGCGGACGGGCCGGGCCGGGGCAGCGAGGACAGCCAGAGCCCCAGGAGCUCGCUGGACGACGCCGACGAGGACCCCCUGAAGACCGUGUGUGAGGCCUGCAACAUCCGCUUCAGCCGCCACGAGACCUACACGGUGCACAAGCGCUACUACUGCGCCUCCCGCCACGACCCCCCGCUGCGGCGGCCCGGGGGCCCCAACAAGGUGGCCUUCCUGCCCCAGCCGGUGCGCACCCGCAAGCGGCGCAAGCUGUACGAGAUCCACGCCGCCGCCGGCAACGCCGGCCUGCUGUCGGCCGCUCACCCGCCGCCGCCGCCGCCCCUGGGGGAGCUCCCCGCCUCCCCCCAGCUGGGGGACGCCCUGGGCCCCCGGCCCGACGGGCCCCCCGCCCUCCUGCUGCCCGUGGGCAAGGCCGCCGCCUCCGCGCCCUCCCCCAGCUCCAGCCCGGACACCGACGGCCCCAUCGACCUGAGCAAGAAGCCGCGGCUGCAGCGGGCCGAGGGGGGUCCCACGGCCCCACCGCCGCCGCCGCCGCCCCCUCUGCUCCCCCUGACUGACUACCACGAGUGCACGGCCUGCUGCGUCAGCUUCCACAGCCUCGAGGCCUACCUGGCCCACAAGAAGUACUACUGCCCGGCCGCCCCCCUGCAGCAGAGCGCCCUGGAGCAGCUGCACAAGAUUCAGGGCCUGGCCAAGCCCCGCCUGGGCGCCGAGGGACCCCGGGGAGCGCCUGGGGAGGAGCCGGAGGGGGGCGCGCGGCUCAAGGCGGAGAAGGGGGCGGGCCCGGGACCGGCCAAGACCUCGGGCCUGCCGGCGGCCUACGCCGGGGACGCCCUGCACCGUUACCCGGGCCCCAAGGCCCUGCACCUCCCCGGGGGGAAGCCCCCCGCCCCGGUGGUGUGCCCCUACUGCCCCCUCAACGGGGCCAUCAAAGGCGACCUGAUCGAGCACUUCCGCCACGCCCACGGCCUGCUGGUGGCCAAGCCGGUGGCAGGACACAUUCUGGCCGAGGCCCCUGCCCCCCACACCCGGACGCCGGCCGUGGCCGGCUGCGGGGCCGAGAACAGCCUCCCGGCGCCCCUCUCGCUGCCCCCCGGGACAGCCUCCUCCACCUCCUCCGCCUCCUCCUCCUCCUCCUCCUCCUCUUCCUCCUCUUCUUCCUCAGCUUCCUCUUCCUCCUCCUCCCCACAGCCAGGCCCCAGGCUUCCUCGGGACAGCUUCAACGGCCACGAGCUCAAGGAGCCCCCGGCCCCAGCCAACGGCAGCCCCCUGCCCACCGGCUCUCCCCGGCCCGGCCUGCCCCUGUCCCCGGCCACGGCCCCGGCCCUCACCCUCUCGCCAGUGCCUGAAGCUCUGCUCCAGCCUCCCACCCCGCCCAUGUACACAGACAAGGGGGUCCAGACCCCCAGCAAAGUUGCCCCCGCCACCGUCCCCAACGGCAACCAGAGAUACUGUCGUCUGUGCAACAUCAAGUUCAGCAGCCUGUCCACGUUUAUCGCACACAAGAAGUAUUAUUGUUCCUCCCACGCCGCAGAGCAUGUAAAAUAAUCCCUGAGCCCCCCUCGGCCCUCCCUCUCCCCGCCCCCACCUGUCCCACCACACUACAGACUGAUUACACGGGACUCGCCCUCAGCCCUGGCCGCUGCCGACCCCCAGGACAGCUCCGCAUGUGGCCGGCAGGAGAGGACGCGGCAGCGGCGGGGGCCCGUCCCCCAGAGCACUACGGUGGAGCAGGAGAGCCCCUUCUGCCCCGGGAACCUUCCCGACAAAGCACAAGGCAUCGGUCACUCACUCGAGCACCUCCCGGAGCUCAGAGCCCCCUGGACUCCCUUUGCCCCUGAGCCUGAGGGCCCAGUGACCGAAGCGGCGGGUGGGAUGGCCAGAGAACUGGCUGGCUAUGAAAGAAAGGCAGGGUUGGACGGGGGGGCAGAAUGGGACCCCAAACCCUCGGCACUUAAUAAAGAAUUACAGUUUGAUGAUGAA